AUGACGUUGCAAGACCUCAUCCCCGUAGUCAACAAGCUCCAGGACAUCGUGACCACCACGCAAUUGGCCGAGAUCGAUUUGCCCGUAUUGGCCGUCGUGGGAUCCCAGUCGUGUGGUAAGUCCUCUGUGUUGGAGAACAUUGUCGGGAAAGACUUCCUUCCCCGAGGCACCGGCAUCGUCACCCGUAGACCGCUUGUGUUGCAGCUCAUAAACAUCAACAAAGACGAUCCGCUCGUGCGUAAUUACAACGAGGCCGACUUGCGCGAGGCCAGAGGACCCAAAACAGACUACUCCCUGUCGUCCGACGAGAUCAACUUGGAGGACCAUCUUCGCCGCCGCACCGGUGCGCUGAGUAGCGGCUCCAGUUCCAUGAACGAAGAGCCCUCCGAGUGGGGUGAGUUCUUGCAUAUUCCUGGGAAGCGCUUCUACAACUUCGAUGCGAUCCGCCGGGAGAUCGAGACCGAGACCGCUCGCAUUGCCGGCCUGAACAAGGGCAUCUCGCGUUUGCCCAUCAACUUGAAAAUAUAUUCUGACCGUGUGCUCAACUUGACCUUGGUAGACUUGCCUGGUCUCACCAAGAUCCCAAUUGGGGACCAGCCCACCGACAUCGAAAAGCAGACCCGUAACUUGAUUUUGGAGUACAUCUCCAAACCCAACUCCAUCAUCUUGGCCGUCUCUCCUGCAAAUGUCGACUUGGUGAACUCCGAGUCCCUCAAAUUGGCCCGCCAGGUUGAUCCUACUGGAAAGAGAACCGUCGGUAUUUUGUCCAAGAUUGAUUUGAUGGACCAGGGUACAAACGCGGUGGAUAUCUUGAAGGGCAACGUUUAUCCACUCAAGCUCGGAUUUGUAGGUGUUGUGAACCGCUCGCAACAGGAUAUUCAGGAUAGAAAGCCCUUGGAGGAUUCGUUGAUGGCUGAACAGUCGUUUUUCGCCAAUCAUCCAGCAUACCGUUCUAUUGCCAGUAAAUGUGGUACUCGCUACCUCACUGUGACAUUGAAUAAAAUCUUGAUGAACCAUAUCCGCGAACGCUUACCUGAUAUCAAGGCUAAAUUGAACACUUUGAUGGGACAGACCGAACAAGAGUUGGCCUCCUACGGAGACGUCGCAACCUUGGCCGACACAAAAGAAGGCAGAGCCGCCCUUCUUUUGAACUUGAUGACCAAGUUUGCCAACAGCUUUGUCAGCUCUGUCGAUGGCACUCUGCUUGAUGAUAAAUCCAUUAGAGAGUUGUGUGGAGGUGCAAGAAUUUACUUCAUCUUUAACGAGGUUUUCGGUUCUCUGUUGGCAAUGCUCAACCCAACCCAAAAUUUGGCUGUCAAGGAUAUCCGGACUGCGAUCCGCAACUCCUCUGGCCCUCGCCCAUCACUUUUCGUCCCUGAGUUGGCUUUCGACCUUUUGGUGAAGCCUCAAAUCAAACUUUUGGAAGACCCUUCACGCAGAUGUGUUGAAUUGGUGUACGAAGAGUUAAUGAAGAUCGUCCACAGCAUAUGCAAUGCCGGAUCGUCUGUUGAGAUGAACCGUUAUCCAAAACUUCAAGCGAAACUCAUGGAGGUCGUUUCGGAUUUAUUGAGAGAGAGACUAGGGCCCACGAUCAAAUAUGUAGAGUCUAUGAUUGAGAUCCAGCAGGCCUAUAUCAACACCAAUCAUCCUAACUUCCUUGGCGCCGCCGAAGCCAUGGCCUCGGUGGUCGAAGAACGCAGAAGACUGAGAGACCAUGAGCUGAACGCCAGACUCAAACUUGCUACCCGCAAGCUAUUGGGCAAGAAGAACUAUGCUGAUGGUGAGAUCAACGAGGAGGACGAAGAAGAGAAUGGUGAUGCCGCUGACAUUGAUGUGAGUCAGAUUGACGAAGAUGUCAAGCCAGUGACUAGAAGAAAGAGAAGCGACUCUAACAGAACAAUCAAAUCAGACUCAACAAACAGUCAUCACAUUCAUCAGGAGUCUUACUUCAACUACUUUUUCGGUCGUGACCCAGUCAUGCACCAGCAACACUUACAAACUCAAGCGCAAUUAAACCCUACGCCAUUCAAAUUUCCACAGGCGCAUGAGUCAACUUUGCAGUUCAAUGAGAACUUUACGCACAGCCGCAAUGUGAGUGAGUUCAGAUCUAUGAGUUUGAGCGAGCAGCCCAAUGGACACGCUUCCGCGAUCGAUGACAUCAGUCAAAUCCACCGUGUGGACAGUGAAGAGGAUAAUAUCGCUGACCUCAGCGAGCGCGAGCAGUUGGAAUGCGAGUUGAUCAGACGCUUGAUUGUGUCGUACUUUGGUAUUGUUCGCGAGAUUGUUCAGGACCAGGUGCCCAAAUCCAUCAUGUGUUUGUUGGUGAACUACAUUAAAUCGCACAUUCAAAACAGACUAGUAGUCAAGCUUUACAACGAGCAGUACUUUGAUGAGUUGCUCCAAGAGGAUGAGACCAUUCAAUUGGAGAGAGAGAAGUGCGUGAACCUAUUGAAAACUUACCGUGAAGCCUCGAGAAUCAUCAGUGACGUUGUCUGA